AUGGAGGCCAUAACACCCCCCAAACAUCUCUUCAGCUCAUGGGCCGACGAUUCAUCACUCAUACGUAAAAUGGAUUUAUGGACAUCACUAUGUCUCGGCAUUAUCCUCAUCAGCGUCUUCACGAUAAUACCCCACAUUCGCAAGCCUUCUCGCAAACUCCCCUCCGUCAACCCGGGGCGACUAUUCGAUUUCUUCAACCAAGAACGGAAGAAGGGUUUCUUGAUAAAUGCUCGUCGUAUCAUGGAAGACGCCCGAAUUCAAUUCCCCGGCCAGCCUUACAGACUCAUGACGGACGUUGGUGAAACAGUUGUCAUUCCGCCGGAUCUAGUUCACGAUAUUCGCAAUGAGCCAGGGUUGAGCUUUUCAAAGGCAUUCGCAGACAACUUCCACCCUCAACUGAAUGGAUUCGAAGGGUUCGCGGUUGGCAACAGACCGGACGGACUUUUUCAGCUUGUCAUCAAAAAGCGCAUCACCAAAUUACUCAGUAGGUUUUCGCUCUCCAUCACGAAGUUGCCCUCUUCUUACCCCACACCCCACAUUGAGACCCCACGUUACAGCAACACACCAUCACGAUACUUACACGAUGAUGCAGAUCAAAUCACGGAGCCUCUUGCGUCGGAAACCAGAUUUGCUGUCGAUCACAUCUUCGGCAAGCCCACCGAUUGGCAAGAGUAUAACACCAAAGACACCAUUCUCGACCUCAUCUGCCGCCUUUCCUCCCGCGUUUUUCUCGGCGAUGAAGUAUGCCGCGACGAAGCCUGGCUCGCGAUAACAAAGUCCUACACCGUCAACGCCUUCCUCGGCGCCGAGAUCCUGCGUCCGUACCCAUACUGGCUGCGUUACGCCGCCAACUUGAUCCUCCCUGAGUGCAAAACUCUUAGGCGGCAGGUAUCUGAUUCUCGAGACAUCAUUGAGCCAGUGCUUCAAAAACGUAGAGAUGCGCGACAGCAGGCUAUCGAGAGGGGCGAGCCGGCACCGAAGUUUAAUGAUGGCAUUGAUUGGUUCGAAGAGGAGAGUCAGGGGCGGGAGUAUGAUGUUGUUGGCGCGCAGCUGGGUCUGUCGGUCGUUGCAAUUCAUACCACCACGGAUCUACUCGUGGAGACUAUGCUACGCAUUGCAGAGAACCCGGAGUUAUUUGAUGCCCUUAGGAAGGAAAUUGUUGAAGUUCUGACCGCUGAAGGCUGGAAGAAGACGGCUCUUUUCAAUAUGAAACUCAUGGACAGCGUCUUGAAAGAGUCACAACGACUGAAGCCAGUCACAUCUGGUAAGUCUCUCCUUUUAUUUCCUGUGACAACAGGAAAAUAUCCUCCAAGCACCCGUCGCUCACCACACCAACCAGCAAUCAUGGCCCGCAUGGCAACCCGCCAAGUGACCCUCCCCAACGGCCUCAAACUCCAAAAAGGAGAACGCUGCGUCGGCGACCUAGGCAAGAUGCACGAUCCCUCCAUCUACCCGAACCCCGAAGCCUUCAACGGCUAUCGCUUCCUCGAGAUGCGCGGCGACCCGAAGCUUGAUAGCCAAGCCCACCUCGUCAGCACAUCACCCUCGCACCUCGGUUUCGGCCAUGGCCAGCACGCGUGCCCGGGUCGCUUCUUCGCCGGCAAUGAGCUCAAGAUUGCGCUGGCGCAUUUGCUGAUGAAGUUUGACUGGAAGUUGACGCCUGGGUAUGAGCAUCAGUGGCAGGAGUGGGGGUUUGCGUGGAACUCGGAUAGUACGGCGAAGCUAUUGUUUAGGAGAAGGGAGGCGCCGGAGAUUGAUAUUGAUGCGAUAUGA